AUGCUUUGUGCUUGGAUUGAAGCUGGGGAUCAAAAUCCAAAUCCAAUGGGUUCAUGCAAGGGUGGAGGGAGUGGUUCCAAUAGAGGUAAGAUGGGUUUGAAGGACUUCUUCGAGGAAGUUUCUUCUUGUUUUGUAAAGCAUAUUGAUUUCAAUAGUAUUCAUUGCGUGGUGAUCAGAAGCACAUGUUCUAUCAAGGAUCAAUUUCAACGAUACCUCAUCUUUGAAGCGGAGAGGAUGCGGUUGAGACAAAUCGUCGAUAACAAAUUACAUAUAUUUGUUGUUAACACCACAUUAAGUGAUUCAACCACCAUGUUUCUGGUAAGAGAUGCCAAGGCAGCCAAGGACAUUUCAACCCUCAAGAAUAUCAUGGAAUUGCUUUUAAACGAUGAUUCGGGUAAGGUCUCUUACGGGACCAAGCAUGUGAAGAUGAGGAAGAAAUAUGAGAAUUUAGUAAACUCAAUUGAGAAAUCCGGAGAGAAGGUUUACAUACUUUCGUCAUCCACAGAACAACUCAUUUGGUUUGUAGGAAUCAAUGCAAUUUUGUGCAUUCCAUUGCAAAAGAAGACUGUAGGAACUCAAGCAUUAAUGAAUGCAACAAUUCUCCACCAUAGUCGCUACAUCUAA